CCGAGAUCGGCACACACCAACCAUGCACCACGCACCCACAAUUCGCCUCAAGCCGCCCCCUUGGACGAUUCGGGAAACACAGCGCCGCCGCACCGCCUGCCAAGCCGCCGCACUGGUGAAUACGGGCACCGUCGACAUCUUUUGACAAACAAAAACAAUACGCGUGCAUAAUGAAAAGCACUCUCCCUACCCCGCCAACCCGUCCCGCGAUGAGGUCCGCGCGCCAAGUCCCCGUCUUUUAUCGAGUCAUGCUGCGCUGGGUCGACCCGGCCCUGGCGGCCGCGGGCGUCCUGCUAGCGGUUGGCGACCCGCCGAGGUACCUGCACACCAUGACGCCGCACGUCGCCUACCACGGCGGCCUCCAGGUCCUGCUCGACCAGCUCGCCGGCACCUACGCCAUGCUGGCCUUCAACGGCGCCGUCGUGCUGCGCGUCGCCGGCGACGACCUCCGGGUCUGGGACGCCCUAGAGCUGGGGAUCCUGAUGUGCGACCUGCUCCACGUCGGGGCCACCGCCAGGGCGCUCGGGCUCGGCGUCUUCCUGAGCCCGGCCGCCUGGAGGUUCGAGGACUGGGUCAACGUCUUGUCGCUCGCGGGGCUGGCCCUCACGAGGGCGUCGUUCCUGCUGCGCCUGGGCUUUCCCCCGGAGGCCAAGGCCAAGAGGCUUUGAGUGGCUUGUGCGGGAAACUGCUGGAUAGAUCGCCAAUAUGCCCGCAUUUUUGCAGGAGUGAUAGAAUUGACCCACGCAUCAUUGCCACAUCUAUUGUUACCAGCUGGGGAAGAUGCGGGGCUCGCGCUGGCCUGGCUUGGUUAUGAUAGCAUGUGCCGCUAUGAGUAUGCAUUUGUUAUAUACACAUCAUGGAUGGUAUCACAGCUCAAAAUCGCACUUGUUGUGCCUUAUUCUUGUAUUUAUUCUUUUUGGACCGCGGUCAAGUAUGGAGUGCCAUGCCUCAAACCCGAGCUCUCGCCUAUAUUCAUUCGGCCAUCAAUUGCCUAUCGUCAGGGCCCCGCCCCAAC